AUGGUGCCUAAGAAUUACCAGCAUAUUACAGCCUUGACAUUUGCAACAAAAGAAAUUAAUGAAAAGCAUCAGAUUUUAUCCAAUUUUACUAUGGGCUUCCACAUCUUUGACAGUUAUUUCAAUGCAAAAUGGAGUUAUCAUGCAGUGAUACAACUCCUAUCUUCAUUGAAGAACUUUUUCCCCAAUUUUAAAUGUGGCAUCCAAAAUAAUCUGAUGGCAGUCAUUGGAGGACUGGAUCCAGAUGUUUCCCUUUAUGUAGCAACUGUUUUGGAUAUCUACAAAAUUCCACAGCUCAUAUAUGGUUCUCCUCCAGUGAUGGAUGAUAAAACCCCAGGACUGCCUUUCUAUCAGAUGGUGCCCAGAGAAUCAAUCCAAUAUGUAGUAACCGUUCCAGUCCGAUGGUUUUGGAUCGGUAUCAUUGCUAUGGAUAAUGAUGAUGGAGAAAGAUUUAUACGAACAGUUGUACCUCUGUUCUCCCAGAGUGGUUUUUGUUUUUCUUUUAUAGAAAAAAUUCCUAAAACAUUUUUUGAUAUUGAUGGAAGAGAAAAUAUGGUAAAGGGAGCAAGAAUACAUGAUAAAAUCAUGCUCAGUGAAGCCAAUGUAUUAGUUGUCAAUGGAGAUUCUUAUUCUAUGGGUAUUUUUAGAUGGUUUCCAUACCUAUCUGAACAAGAACAUGUUACUGAGAAUCCAAAAGGUAAGGUGUGGAUACUAACAGCAGAGGUGGAACUCACUUCAUUUGUUUUUCAAAAGGAUUGGGAUGCAGAAUUUUUCAAUGGAGCUUUGUUUUUUGUAGUACACUCCAAUGAUCUACCAGAUUUUGAGCAGUUUCUUAAAAAUCAAAACCCAACAAACCACAACACAGAUGGCUUUAUCGUGGACUUCUGGCAACAGGCUUUUGGUUGUGUGUUUCGAAAUCAACAUAUAGAUCAAGUGAAAGGAAAAAUUUGCACAGGGAAAGAGGACCUGAAGAGUCUUCCUGCGACUUUCUUUGAAAUGCAAAUGACUGGUCACAGCUACAAUGUCUACAAUGCUGUUUAUGUAGUGGCCCAUGCUUUAAAUCACAUGUUUUCAAUUGCAGGAUUCACAUAUAAUGGAAAAAGAAUGGCUAAAGAAGUAAAAGUUAAGGUUCAUGACUUGUGGAAGCUCCACCAGUUUGUUAGGACCAUCUCCUUCAACCAUAGUGCUGGGGAAACCAUCACUUUUAACCAGGAUGGAGAGUUGGUAGCUGGGUUUGAUGUGAUUAACUGGGUUGUUUCUCCCAACCAGUCCUUUCAAUGUGUGAAAGUUGGAAGGAUGGACCCUCAGGCCCUUCCAGACAAAAUGUUCACCAUCAAUGAUAAUACUAUAACAUGGCAUAGUUGGUUUAAUCAGGCACAACCCAUCUCUCUGUGCAGUCAGAGUUGCAAUCCAGGUUCGAGGAAGAAAAUGAGGGAGGGGCAGCCAUUUUGUUGCUUUGAUUGCAUUCCAUGUCUUCAAGGGAAGAUUUCAAGCAAGAAGGAUAUAAAUGAUUGCUAUAAAUGUUCAGAUGAAAACUAUCCAAGCAAGACUCAGGAUUUCUGCAUACCCAAAACUGAAAGUUUUCUGUCUUUUGAAGAACCUUUGGGACUUUGCUUAGGAUUAUUUGCUGUUUCCUUUGCUCUGAUUACAGUCUCUGUGUUUGGAAUAUUUCUGAAGCACCAUCACACUCCCAUUGUCAUAGCCAACAACCAGGACCUCACCUAUGCUCUCCUAAUUUCCCUCCUGCUCUGCUUUUUAUCAGCUUUGCUUUUUAUCAACCGGCCUGGGAAGGUCUUGUGUCUCCUCUGCCAAACCACUUUUAGUAUAAUCUUCUCAGUGGCUGUUUCUUGUGUGCUGGCAAAAACCAUCAUAGUUGUUCUGGCUUUUUUUGCCACCAAGCCAGGAUCUAUAUUGAGAAAAUGGGUAGGGAAAAAACUUGCCAAUUCCAUUGUUCUUUCCUCUUCUCUUAUUCAAUUAGUUAUAUGUAUUAUAUGGCUGUCAACCUCUCCUCCUUUCCCAGAUAUUGAUAUGCAUUCAAUGGAGGAUCAAAUUGUUCUGGAAUGUAAUCAAGGUUCUAAGACUAUGUUUUAUUUUGUGCUGAGCUAUCUGGGCUUUUUGGCCAUAGUGAGUUUCACAGUGGCCUUUUUUGCCAGGAAGUUACCAGAUACUUUUAAUGAAGCCAAGUUUAUCACAUUCAGUAUGUUGGUUUUCUGCAGUGUUUGGUUAUCCUUUGUUCCAACUUAUCUGAGCACUAAAGGAAAAUAUAUGGUAGCUGUGGAGAUCUUCCCUAUCUUAACCUCCAGUGCUGGACUGCUAGGGUGCAUUUUCCUUCCUAAGUGUUUCAUUAUUUUGUGGAAGCCUGAGCUGAACAGUAGGAAACAGUUAAUAAAAAGGAAGAAAUAG